GUUGACGCGCGCUGCUUGCUUGAUGUGUGAAACCCGUCGUCAUUGGUCCCGGUCCGUGAAACCCUCCCGCCACUGCACCCCAAGACCAGGCUGCGUCAACCCCAGGCGACACCUUCUACACCUCAGAGACAGCGCCUCUGCUUCCAGAGAGAUAUCCGACGACUGCCCUCUGGCACUGCGCACGCCAGCCCUGGACAGAUAGGGCCACUUAUCGCCACACACGGACCUUCCACCUGCGUUUCAGCAACGUCAUCGGGCGCGGUCUUGGAGCAACGCUACACGCACGUCUUUUUUGCAGGACCCAUACCUUCACCAUGAACAGCACCAGACACAGACUGCUUUACCAGCUAAACAGCCGCUGGGUCUACGGAAAGAUCCCGCUCCUCCAUUCGAUUGUCUUCCUCUUGCAAAUGGCUGCAGUGAGUCUGCUUACGCGCAAGUACAACCAGUACUAUGCGGCGCGGCCAGUCCUCACCACCAUGAUCACCAACGCCGUGUUGGGUGGUAUUGCGGACACAGUGGCCCAGACGCUGACUGCCGUGCGAGAGCGCGCAGUUCGCAAGAAGGGCGGCCCAGGCAAGGAUGACUUCCUGGCGAUUGAAAUUCACGACCUCGACAGACGCAACCCGCUCAACGACAACGAUCUCAUUCCCGACUCGAAGAAACUGCCGCCGCCCUUUGACUUUGAGCGCACCACGAGGUUCAUGUCGUACGGUUUCCUCAUGUCGCCGAUCCAACACAGGUGGUUCAGGUUCCUGUCUGCAACUUUUCCCGUUACGAAAACUGCGACAUGGCUGCCAGCGUUGAAGCGCGUUGCUUUUGACCAGUUCCUGUUUGCCCCAGCUGGUCUGGCAGCCUUCUUCACCUUCAUGACGGUGGCCGAAGGUGGCGGCAAGCGGGCUGUGCAGCGCAAGUUCCAGGACGUCUAUGUGCCCUCGCUCAAGGCCAACUACAUGGUCUGGCCAGCAGUGCAAAUCAUCAACUUCCGCAUCAUGCCCAUCCAGUACCAGAUUCCUUUUGUGUCCAGCGUCGGUAUUGCCUGGACUGCCUACCUUUCCUUGACCAACUCGGCCGACGAAGCGUAAAGCUAUCCUGCUACAAAAAACGAAUUCGCUUGUACACGUGUUCUGGAUACACAUUGAGUAGAUCACAGCGAUCUUUGGUUGAUUUUCCUUUUGAGCUAUUUGCGCGUCUACACCUUGAAUGGGCAUUUGUACGGCGUCCGGUCUUUCGGGUUUCUGUUCAGUCGCUGCGGUUUGUCGUACAAUUCCAAUCAGACCAGAAUGAAAUACUAUUAUCGU